AUCGCCUCCGAGUUGUUCACAGAUAUACUGCAAGUCAUCGACAGAUUGCAUACCCGGGCGCCCCCUAUAGUGCACCGCAAUAUAAACCCGCAGAAUAUUCUCGUUAAAUACGAUGAGAGCACCGGUAGUUUUGUGAAGUUAGGUGGGUUUGGUCUGGCGGUUGAGCACCGGGAUGUCGAUGACACGCAUACCCAGUGCGCGGGUGUCGACGCAUAUAUGGCCCCUGAGGUGAAAAGGGGUCGGCGUUAUAACCAGAAGUGCGAUAUGUAUAGUCUGGGCGUUUUGGCUCAGGAUCUGUUUAAUGUAGAUGUCAACCAAGUCUACGAAACUGACGACAAAUUGAACGCAAACUACGAGAAAAUCCGGAAACUGGUGUUACGUCUACUAAAUAACGUGAGUUUCGGUCGACCCUCGGCUCACGACCUACUCGUCAGGCGCCAGGAGUGGGCCCUCCCUUACGAUCAAAGCGAAGUUAACCAACAAAUACAAGCCUUCAAUGUAUUGACUCAAUUGGACCCACAAUUCACGCGACAAUUGCUGUCCAAUUGGCUCGAGUACAGCAGCAUUGGUGACGACAUACCGGCCUACCAUCGAUCAGCUACUGGAAACCUCAUGGGAAUAGGCCUUACCUUACGAUGCAAAACGGGACGAGAUCUGUGA